AUGACUGUGCAUAUCUAUGAAAUUUUUCCAGGUGAAAUAACAGCUACUCGGGUGACUGUUGAUGACUACCGACAAGUACCUAAGAUAACUAGACACAUGAAAAACCACCAAAGCCAAAACCAAACAGAAGUGAAGGAGUUCAUCCUGUUAGGACUCACAGACAAUCCGGAUCUCCAAGGUCUUCUCUUUGUUUUGUUUCUGUCCAUUUACCUGAUAACCAUGGUGGGCAAUCUGGGGCUGAUGGUGUUGAUUAAGCUCGAUCCCCGACUGCACACGCCCAUGUACUUCCUUCUCAGCAGCCUCUCCUUUGUUGAUGCCUCUUACUCCUCCUCCGUCACUCCCAAGAUGCUGGUCAACCUUGUGGCUGAGAACAAAGCCAUUUCUUUCCAUGGAUGUGCUGCUCAGUUCUACUUCUUUGGCUCUUUUCUGGGGACGGAAUGCUUCCUGUUGGCCAUGAUGGCAUAUGACCGGUAUGCAGCGAUUUGGAACCCCCUGCUUUACCCUGUCAUCAUGUCUGAGAGAGUUUGCUUCUUGCUGGUAGCUACUUCCUUUUUGGCAGGCUUUGGAAAUGCAGCCAUACACACAGGCAUGACUUUCAGAUUGUCUUUCUGUGAUUCCAACAAGAUCAACCAUUUCUAUUGUGACACUCCACCCCUGCUCCAGCUCUCUUGUUCUGAUACCCACAUCAAUGGCAUUGUGAUCAUGGCUUUCUCUAGUUUUGAUAUAAUUAGUUGUGUUACGAUUAUUCUCAUUUCUUACCUUUGUAUCCUCAUUGCGAUCUUAAAGAUACCAUCCACAGAGGGUAGAUUUAAAACCUUUUCCACAUGUGCCUCCCACCUCAUGGCUGUCACCAUAUUCUUUGGGACAAUUCUCUUCAUGUACUUACGCCCUACGUCUAGCUAUUCAAUGGAACAAGACAAGAUUGUCUCUGUCUUUUAUGCAGUAGUGAUUCCCAUGUUAAACCCUUUCAUCUAUAGUUUGAAAAAUAAGGAUGUAAAGGAUGCCUUUAAGAAGAUCUUAAAAAAACACAUACUGUAA